CCGCUGCUCCACAGUUGGAGUGUUUUCAAGCGAUUUUUUGCGUUUGUUUGAUGAACGCUACGGCAUAUAAAGCGAGCAUGUAGUGCGUCAGUGGAGGUCGCUUUGAAUUGUAGCGUUUUGCAUUGUACACUUUUUUCGUUUCAAUUCAGUUGAUUAACUUUACACAUUACUUUUCGGACGUAGUCAGUUUGGAAUUUCCAAACUGAAGAAAUUUUGAUAAAUGUCACAAAAUGAACUGUUGCAAUUCGUUAAUUGUCGUUUGGUACGCAAUCAUCAGCUGGUGAAGGAGGAUCUUUGGGUGCGCAAUGGCAAAAUUAUUAAUCCAGAACCAGUGUUCUUCGAUGAGAAGCAGCAGGCGCAUAGGCAAAUUGACUGCGGAAACUCAAUUAUUGCUCCUGGCUACAUUGAACUGCAAAUCAAUGGUGGAUAUGGCGUUGAUUUCUCACAUGAUGUAGACACAGUCGCCGAAGGUAUUGAGAAGGUCGCGACAGAGCUAAUCACAAAUGGUAUUACGUCAUUUUGUCCCACAAUUGUCACAUCUCCGCCGGAAACUUACCGCAAAAUCGUGCCACAAGUAAGCGGCAAGACAAAAGGCGCACAAGUUUUGGGUCUGCAUUUAGAAGGACCCUUUAUUAGUCCGCAAAAGAAGGGCGCACAUCCAGAACACUGCAUAAAAGACAUCGAUAAGGGAAUGGACACUUUGGUGGACACUUACAGCAAUUUGAGCAAUGUCAAAAUAAUAACAUUAGCACCGGAAAAAGAUCCGGAGGGUACUGUGACAAAAGCUCUAACCAAAAUGGGUGUAACGGUGGCGCUGGGACAUUCCGUAGCGAAUUUGUCGCAAGGUGAAGUGGGCGUACAAAGUGGCGCACGCUUAAUAACACAUCUAUUCAAUGCCAUGCUUCCAUUCCAUCACCGCGACCCGGGACUCGUCGGCCUGCUGGCAUCCAAUAAUAUACCAACUGGGCAGCAGAUUUAUUAUGGCAUUAUCGCUGAUGGUGUACACACACAUCCGGCUGCGUUACGCAUAGCACACCGCACACAUCCGAAUGGUCUCAUAUUGGUCUCUGAUGCCAUAGCAGCAUUAGGUCUAGGUGACGGUAAACAUCACCUGGGUCAACUACAGCUCGAAGUACGUGAAGGCAAAGCCUACAUUGCUGGCACGGAUACGUUGUGUGGCAGUAUAGCGCCGCUGGAUACGUGCGUACGCAUCUUCAAAAAGGCCACAAACUGUUCAACUGUAUAUGCUAUAGAAUGCGCUACACUACAUCCGGCCAGCUGUUUAAAAAUGACGGAAACUAAAGGCACUUUAAAUUUUGGCGCUGACGCCGAUUUUAUUCUUUUGACAGAUGACUUAUUCGUGAAAUCAACAUGGAUUAGCGGGAAAUGUGUGUACCGUUGUACAGUCGAGGAAUUAACUGAACUUAGAGCCAGACCUAUUGAACAAUUAUGUGAAUGCAUUUAAACUGACUUUAUAACGUAUACUAACGUAUUAAAACUACGUAAUUAGAAACAAAAAUAUUUUAAUAUGUAUUUUCAAAAUAGAUUAUAAAAUUUCAAAUUAUAAAAUAAAAAAUUUAUUUUAAAAAUAGGUUUUUAAAAUUCA